AUGGCCCAACCUGAAGCGCAACAGAACGGCGCUACCUCUCCCGCCGAGGAGCUCUGGAGACAUGCUGACCCGGCGUCCACGCCCAUGUGGCGCUUCAUCCAGCAGGUCAACAAGAACCAGGGCCUCAAGCUAGCCAGCUACCAGGACCUGUAUAAGUGGUCUGUUGAGGACAUUGCCCAGUUCUGGCACGAGACAUGGCAAUUCGUCGGUAUCAAGGCCUCCAAGUCCUACGAUGAGGUCCUCCCCGCCAACGCGCCCAUGUUCCCUCGACCCGACUUCUUCGGUGCCGCUCGCCUCAACUUUGCUGAGAACUUGCUCUUCCCUCCCACCGAGACCCCCAUUGAUGCCGCCUCGACUGCCGUCAUCACCACGACCGAACUGCCCGGCGACCUGCGCAACACGACAUGGGCUGACCUGCGCGAGUCUGUCCGCCGCUGUGCCAAUGCUCUGCGUGCCAGUGGCCUGAAGCCCAACGACAUUGUUGCCGGCUACGUCUCCAACCACGUCGAGGCUCUAAUUGCUAUGCUUGCUGCCGCAUCCAUUGGCGCCAUCUGGACCGGCAUCAGCCCGGACAAUGGUGUCUCGGCCGUCCUCGACCGUCUCAGCCAGAUUGCGCCCAAGGUGCUCUUUGCAGACAACGGAACCGUGUACAACGGCAAGGAGUGGUCCAGCACCGCCAAGACCCAGGAAAUCGUCGCCGCGCUGUCCAAGACUGGCCUGCAGACUGUCGUCGUGAUCAAUAACGUCAAGGGCGAGCUCGGCCUCGACGACCUCAAGACGCUCGGUGUCACUGCCGUCGAGUACGCCUCGCUGCUCGAGUCCUCUUCCGCCGAUGCCCUUCAAUUCGAGCAGUUGUCUCCCUCCCACCCUCUCUACAUCCUCUACUCGAGCGGCACCACUGGCCUGCCCAAGGCCAUUGUACACACUGCGCUUGGCACGCUGCUCCAGCACAAGAAGGAGCACAUUAUCCACGGCUCGCUCACCCCAUCCUCCCGCAUGCUCUACUACACCACGACCUCGUGGAUGAUGUGGCACUGGAGCAUUGGCGCCCUCGCCGCCGGCAGCACCAUCAUUCUCUACUCGGGCUCACCCUUCCGCCCCAACUCGUACAUGUCGCUGCCCAAGGUUCUCUCCGACCUCAAGGUCACCCACUUUGGCACAUCUGCCGCCUAUCUGACUGCGCUCGAAGCCAACAACGUCCGCCCCGUCGAAGACCCAUCGCUCGACCUCUCCAGCCUCGAAGCCAUCUACUCGACUGCCUCGCCACUGCCCCCUUCGACCUUCAAGUUUGUGUACGAGGCGUUCCCCAAGACGGUCAACCUGGCCUCCAUCACCGGCGGCACCGACAUCAUCUCGCUCUUUGGCGCUCCUUGCCCGCUGCUCCCCGUGCGUGUUGGCGAGAUCCAGUGCGCAGGUCUCGGCAUGGCCAUCCGCUCCGUGGACUCUGUGACCGGUGAGGACCUUGCCCCCGGCGAAGCGGGCGACCUUGUGUGCGUGAAGCCCUUCCCGUGCCAGCCUCUGACCUUCUUUGGCGCCAACGGCGAUGCCAAGUACCAGGCUGCGUACUUUGAGCGCUUCUCGGACAUUUGUGGCACCACCGGACCUGUCUGGCACCACGGCGACUUUGUCAAGAUCCCCGAUGCCGGCACGGGCAGUCUUCUGAUGCUCGGCCGCUCCGACGGCGUGCUCAAGCCUGCUGGUGUGCGAUUCGGCUCGGCGGAAAUCUAUAACAUUCUCACCCGCUUCUUUGCCAGCGAGGUCGAGGAUGCCGUGUGCAUUGGCCGCCGCCGCGAGUCCGACAAGGACGAGACUGUGUGCCUGUUUGUCGUUAUGGCGCCAGGCAAGACGUUUAGCGAUGACCUGCGAACCCGCAUCAAGGGCAAGAUUAAGGCCGAGCUGAGCCCCCGCCACGUUCCCGGCGUUGUUGAAGAGGGUCUCGGCGGAAUUCCCAAGACUGGCAACGGCAAGAAGAUCGAAGUUGCCGUCAAGCAAAUCCUCUCGGGCAUGACCGUCAAGACCAAUGCCAGCGUUGCCAACCCCGAAGCUCUCGACUGGUUCCGCGACUGGGCUUUCAAGAACUAA